UCUCUGGAGAACAUUUGUGAAGAGAAGAAAGUAGAAGGUGAAGAGUGACGACUAGAGAGGAAGAAGGAAGGCAGUAGAAACUGUACCUCAGAGAGACUCUAACUUAGUUGUAGAUGUUCGAUCAGGCCACGACUAUGGGCGAUGGGAGCCACCGCUGUGCACCCAACCCGCUGGACAGGAUGGAGGGCAAGUGCCGCCCCGACAUAGGCAGCAGGUCCCCGGUGCAGAGCUCCACCGACACCCCGGGGACCUCCGCGUCCACGCCGACGUCCUCCAGCGAGGACGGACACGACAAACUUCUGGGAGUGGACCCGGACUACUGUCGGAGGAUAUUAGUGAGGGACGCCAAAGGCACCAUCCGGGAGAUCGUCUUGCCUAAGGGUCUGGACCUGGACCGGCCCAAACGCACCCGGACCUCCUUCACUGCUGAACAGCUGUACCGGCUGGAGCUGGAGUUCCAGCGGUGCCAGUACGUGGUAGGCCGGGAGCGCACGGAGCUGGCCCGGCAGUUGAAUCUGUCGGAAACGCAGGUGAAGGUCUGGUUCCAGAACCGCCGGACCAAACAGAAGAAGGACACCAGCAAGGACUCAGACAAGCGCUCCUCCUCCACGUCAGAGUCUUUGGCUACCUGUAACAUCCUGCGCCUCCUGGAGCAGGGCCGCCUCCUGUCAGGGCCUGCCCCACCCCCGAACUCCCUCCUGGGGCCUUCAGGUCACCCCACGAACAGCUCCCUGCUGAGCAACCCUGGUGGGGGCUCCUCCACCUCCCCGGGGAUCAGCAGCAGCACCACACCCAGCUCCCUACCUGGCGGGACGUUUGGGCUCUCUCUGCCAUCUCUGGGCGGCACUCAGUCGUCACCGCGACUGGGUGUCCCACCCCCACACUCCCUCUGCUUCUCCAUGCCCCUGUUAGGGGGGGCCCAUCACGAAUUGACGUCCACCUAUGGCUGUGGGUCCUCGGCCUUCGAGCCGUACAUGCGGCUGGACAGGAAGGAGGCAGAUCUAGGUGGGAAGAAAACAGUUUCCUAAACAUCGAGGCCCUCUUUUAGAACCCAAAGGGGGACGUGACUUUAGGAACAUCAUCCUGCCACUGGACAGGCAAAGAAAACGACACUGACAGGGUUGCUUUCUAGCAGCGCCAUUUUGUGUACAAUGAUACAAAAAAAAAAAAAGACUUGAUGGAAAGUGUUAAAUCUUCCUUUUUGUUGGAGAAUUGCUGUGUGUGUUGCAGAAAAAUGUUUUUAUCAUCACUCUCUUUACAGUAGUUUUAAGUGACUCUUCACUUUUUGUCCAGUGGGUUUGUGUGUAUGUGUGUGUGAUUUUCUUUUUUCUCUCUCUUUAUGGGCCUUUGUUUACUGUUCAGGAAAAAAACACACCUGACAUGAAUAAUUUGAACCCAUUCUCAACAAACAACCUGUAACAGGAACCCCACGGUAAGACGUAAGCUUCCCUCUCAUUAGAGAGGCGUAUUCUUGUACAAUUUGUGAGCUGUUCUGUGGUGAGGCUGGUAUUGCGUCUGGAUGUGACGAGCAGUAAUCACAUCUUAAUAUUCCUGUUCAAGUGGCUAUGUUUGAUUUUUUUAGUUGAUGUGCUAUCACAGUAGAGAAGAAGCAAACAAAAAAAUAAUCGUAGCAUCUUAAUAUCAGUCUGUUUGGUGUCCAGAUGUAGUUUUUGUAAAAUCGUUUGUUUUUUUAGCUUUUUUUGUUAUUAUUUUAUUUUGGUUGAGUACGAUAAAGUAAAUGCUAUGAACCAGACGGACGGUGCAAACCUAUCCUAUAUAUCAAGGUGUGAUGGUUUAACAUGAAAGGAAAUGAAAACAAAGAUGAGUGUUUGAAAGCUGGUGGAAAGCAUUCCUUGGAUGAAGCUUCGGAGGUGGCCAAGCUUCCUUUCAUCAAGGUCGGGCCCCAAGAAAGAGAGCGAGAGCGAGACGACCUCUGAACCCAGAUUAACGUUGAUUCGCACCUCUCACAGCUUUUAAAUCAAACCCAGAGAGUGUUCACAGAAAGAAAAGGAAUACAUUUAAAGAGAAUCAAUUAGGAGAUAUUGGCUCCUGCUACCUUUUUUGGGGCUUGAGCUGCAGCUGCGGGCGAUGAAUCGUCAUAUCGCUCCUCCAAAAAUUCAUCUCCAACAAACAUAUUUGCCUGAAUGAGAGAAUAUCUGAGGCCAAAGUUAACAUACUUAGACUGCAUGGGUUGCAUUUCUGAAAUGAUAAGUUUGCUCUUGUAUCUUUAUUUGUUGUUUGUAGGGAGUUCAUUAGUUAUGUCCUGUGUCACAUCGUCGUCAUUUCCAUAAUCAGAAAAUCUUCAUGAUAAAGUUGAGGUUAGGCAUGGGCUGGUAUGAGAUUCUCAUGGUUUGAGUAAAAAUAUCGUACAAUUAUUCCUACUGCUGCCAAAGUAAUCUGCAAUAUUAAUUAAUAAUCAUAAUAAUAUGUGAUCUGUUGCAUUUAUUCUUGCUACUCUGAUGCAGAGAGUGAAGCAAAUACACAGAAAUCUGAGAAAUGUAAUAGUAGUUUUGAAAUAUUUAUUGCCCAGAAUAUUAUAGCGUACAUUUUUUCUGUUCUGCUUUUUUUCCCACCUUAUUCCAAUGACCUAUGAGGCUGUUGCAGAGCAAAUAUGGAUUUAAACAAGUUGGAAAGUCAAACCUUUAGUCAUAGCUACACCUUUAAUUUACAGUGACUGGGAGGGUGACCUGAAGAAAUCUACCUGAAGGACUCUAAUUAUGUAUACCAGCAUAUUUACCUGCUUCGUCAAUCCAUUGAUACAGACAGAGAAUUGAUGGGAAAAUAUAGAAUAUUUAAUAUUAAUCUGGACUUUAAUAUGUCUUUUAAUCACUGAAUGAUCAGUAAUUGUGUCUAUAACCAAUUUUAAGUGGUGAUUUUUGGAUUUUGGUUAGAAAUGUGGUCAGGAAAACAUUUCUUCUUUCAGCCAGCUGAGGCAUUGGGCAGCAACAGGUGAGGGAGGGGCAGCGCAGUGUAAUCAAAUGCUGGCACAGCUCACUCUGUGUCUUGCCCUAUCAUCUCAUUAAAAGGGCAGUAUGAUGUACAUGUUUAGCAUUUUACGUUAAAGUUUAAACUUUUUGAAGGUUUAAAUCUAAACUUUUAACAACCUUGGUAUACCUUGAGACCACUGACCUGUCCAUGCCUAAUAGAUGCAUUACGCUGCAUCACAUGAACGUUAUUCCAAUGUGUUUUUCUUUGACUGAAGUUUCUUGGUUUCCACCUCCCGCCACUCUUCACCUUGGCACUUCUUUCUGAUUGCUCUUCAUUGAAAGCACUUUAUGGUUCUUGUUUAUUUUCAUUUUUCCACCUGUUGCUUCAUUUUCCAGCUUUAAGUUUUUUUUUUUGAAAAACAAGCUAUUUAUUCAAGAAGAAAAAAUGCUUUUUUUCUUUGGUUAGCAUUUCGGGGGCAGUUUAUUCUUAGAAAAGGCAAUUAUUAUUAUUGAGUUACUUUUACAAUUGACUACAUCUUUUAUAAAUGAAUGAUUGAAGCUAAGCUGACCUCCGUGUGUUUGAAUUAGGAAAUAAAUACAUUCAUUGAGGUUAUGGUGAAGAAAGAAAAAAGGAAGGAUCAACUGUUCCAUGUUGUUUUUCUUUUUCGUAUGAAUCAAUUUGUCCAGGUUUCUUUCUUGUCCAAAUCCCCCACGAGAACCUGCAAUUUGCAACAGUUUGGCCUCAAUCUGUGCGUGUCAUUUGAGUUUUCAUUCCCCCUUUCGGUUUAUUUUGUCAUCGGUUUUCCUUUGAAUGUUUUUCUUUCUCCGGUUAUGUGUGUUUUUUCAUUAUUAUUUUCUCUCACUCUAAGGUAUUUCUGCAGCAUAGAAAAAAAGGACUGCCGUGACAUCAAUUUAUAAAACGCUUACAAAUAAAGGCAGAGCUAGUUUUUCAGCUAAAUUUCCCUGGGAGCACAUGGAGAAGAUCUGACCUCUGUCUGUGGGCUUGCGGGGCCUUUUUGCACCCAUGUAGCAGCAGCUUGUAGCUGAUAAUUUCACAACACAGCAGCACUGCAAAAAGAAAGAAAAAAAACCCACCCACUCUGGGUUCCUUGCAGCAGUAGUACACCUGUGCUCUUGUUGAACACUAUUAUUUUCUAUAAGCACCAUCCAUAAUUCACCUGCUCCUGCAUCAAAUAUUGAGCAGUGAAACAUAGCUGAGAGGUCAGCCAGCGCACUCCUUUACAAAAUAUUAGUCUUUUACUUGCAGCCACGUCGUCUCUUUCCUUUCACAGCAUAAACAGCCUCUGUUCUUAUUCUUUUUUUUCUUUUGCUUCAGUUGCUCAAGACAACAAAAGCUCCUAUUUAUUAGUAAAACCUGCUCAUUUUCAUUCUCAGCCUCCGUAACGUGGGGAGAGCUUUGUAAAUGAAGGGGAAGAAAAAUAUAGGCUAAGGCUUCUCACACUUCCUGUUUUUCUCUUGAGAUUCAGCACUGACUCCUUUUUAUGUCGUUAAUCGAUGGUGUUUUGUAAUGUAUAUCUGCAGUUAUUGUAUUGUGCGCUCAGCUUUGACUGGCAGGAAUAGGUUGAAGGAGCGACACGCUGCUUCUUCUUCUUGGCUUGUGACGAGAAUGCAAUGAUAAAGACUUGCUUCAGUUAGACAAAGCCCUUUUCUAGUUUGUUUAACGUUUUUUUUCUCAUUCCAGCUGAGAGGAAGGGUUUUCUUUUUGAUUAAAAACACAAUGAUUGAUUAAACACACAAUACUACAGGCCUUCUGCUGGCCUCCAUGAUUUUGUUUAGAUUGUAUGAAGCUGUUCUGUUUCUCAUGCUGCACAGUCGAGGUCCUGCAGAGGCCUCCUUUAUGUUUUCUUUGAACAGUAAAACACACCUAAAGUCAAGCUACAACUUGUGAUGAAAAUGUACAUAGAUAUAAAUUUAUAUAUAAAUAAAUAUAUAAAUGGGUCUUUGCACAAGUUAUCUCUGUGUCUGCUCUGUGUGAUUUUAACAGGAAAAAAGAACAAAAUGUGAACGGAACCUUAGGUUAAAAAAAAGACUUUAUAUAUGCUUUACAGUUCUUUGUCUCAUUAACAUUUUGCACUUAUUUAAAGAGGUUUUCUUUGGUUUCUGGGCUGAUGGAGCAGUUUUCAUGCUCUGCUGAGAAAUUGUACAAUAUGUAUAUGUAUUUUUAUUCAUAUGCAUAUAAAUAUAUGUCUAUGUAAUUUGA